AUGUUAGGUAGUCUCGAUUGUAUGCAUUGGGCAUGGCAAGGAUGCCAUGUUUAUUGGGCCGGUCAAUAUAAGGGUCAUUAUUCAAAACCAACAAUUAUCCUUGAAGCUGCUUCUUAUGAUUGUUGGAUAUGGCACCCUUUGUUUGGUCUUUCGGGUUCACAAAAUGAUAUCAAUGUUUUGCAAAAGUUGCCUCUGUUUGAAGAUUUGAAGCAUGGAAUUUGUCCCCAAGUCCAUUUCAUGAUCAACGCCCACCAGUGCACUCAUGGCUAUUAUCUUGCAGAUGGUAUCUACCCAAAAUGGUCCACCUUGGUUCAAUGCUACCGUCAGCCUCCUGCCGGUGCAUUGAGACGUUCAUACCGCCAUUUUAACAAUGCCCAAAUGUCAGCGAGGAAGGAUGUAGAACGCGCUUUUGGAAUUUUGAAGAGGAAGUUCGCUAUCAUUUAUGGCCCAUAUCGUGGGUUGAGUCCUCGUGAAAUGGAUAAGACUAUGCUCACUUACAUAGUUCUUCAUAACAUGAUAAUUCAGGAAACCCGUCGUGGUUCAAAGUGA